ACUUUGACUUUUAUCCGCUGUUCGUGGCGGUGGUGUGAUACGUGAUUAUCUGCGAAAGGUCGGCGGGGUCAGCUUGAAUUCGAUAAAAUCAUUUAAUAACGGGUGCAUAUUUACAGUGACAAAUUAAGUCAGAAUGUUCUCCCGUGCAUUAAAACCAGUUGUGGCUGCUGCAGCUCAGAAUGGUGCUAAAAAUUUCUCCACCAGCAGCCAGAUGAACUAUAAAGUAGUAGUGGCUGGUGCCGCUGGUGGAAUUGGUCAACCCUUGGCCCUUCUCCUGAAGCAGAACCCUCUAGUAACAAGGUUGGCCCUGUACGACAUAGCGCCAGUGACCCCCGGCGUAGGUGUUGACUUAUCUCACAUGGACACCCCGGCCAAGGUCACAGGUCACAAGGGGCCUGAAGAACUGCCAGCUGCCAUCAAAGGUGCGGAUGUGGUAGUAAUACCAGCCGGAGUGCCCCGUAAGCCCGGUAUGACCCGUGAUGACCUGUUCAACACAAACGCGUCUAUCGUACGCGAUCUGGCCGCAUGUGUUGCCCAGAACGCACCCAAAGCCAUCAUGGCUAUCAUCACCAACCCUGUUAAUUCAAUGGUGCCCAUUGCCUCUGAGGUUAUGAAGAAGGCGGGCGUAUACGAUCCGGCACGAAUCCUCGGCGUGACCACAUUAGACGUGGUCCGCGCCGCCGCCUUCAUCGGCGAGAUCAACGGCGUGGAUCCCCGCUCGGUCACCAUUCCCGUGAUCGGCGGUCACUCGGGCGUCACCAUCAUACCGCUGCUCAGUCAGAGUCAGCCGGCUGUCAAACUCUCCGAUCAGGAGAAGAUCAAGGCCCUCACGCAGAGGAUACAGGAGGCCGGCACUGAAGUAGUGAAGGCCAAGGCAGGCGGUGGUUCCGCGACAUUGUCUAUGGCGUAUGCGGGCGCUCGUCUCACCGGUUCUGUGCUUCGCGGUCUGAAGGGCGAGAGCAACGUAGUGGAAUGCGCAUACAUUAAGUCAGACUUGACAGAGUCCCCAUACUUCGCCAACCCCGUUGUCCUGGGACCCAACGGUGUAGCCAAGAACCUCGGCUACGGUCAACUGAACAACUACGAGCAACAACUCCUCAAAGAGGCCAUCCCUGAGCUGCUGAAGAACAUCAAGACCGGUGUAGACUUCGCCAACAAGUAGACGCAAUCAAAUUCAUCAUUUGUAACCUUCUUUUGCGUAAUUACACCUGAUCAGUGCUUAUAGUGCAAAUGAUUAAGAUAAUUUGUGAAUAAUUAUUUUAAAUCAUUAUUAUUUUAGAAGAUAUAUUG